AUUAAACCCUCAAACCCCUGCCUUCCGCCGUCCCCUUCCGACUCGCUUCUACUUCUGCUUCUGCCCUCCCCACCAAGAAAAACACAGCCGACUCCCUUCUCCCCCUUCCUCAAGCCAAGCCGGAACCAAAUCGUCAAGCCCGAUGGACCACGUGAGCUCCAUGGAGGAGAGGAUCGUGGGGGAGCGGAUCCGGAAGAAGCUGGAGGAGGUGAACGUCGCCGCACAGAAGCACCUCGAGGGCGUGCAGGACCACGUCAACUUCACCCUGCAGAAAGCGUACUUCAAGUGUGCACAUGACUGCUUUGAUAGGCGACAGAGUCAAGAGGGAAUCACCAAUUGUGUUGAGAACUGUGGUGUGCCCGCUCUUUCUGCCAACAAUGUUGUUGAGACUGAGAUGGCCAAGUUCCAGGAAAGGUUGAAUCGCUCGUUGAUGGUCUGCCAAGACAAGUUUGAAGCAGCAAAGCUCCAGAAGAUGAAGACGGACGCAACCAACGAGCUGGAGUCGUGCGUGAACAGGUCCAUCGACGACAGCAUCAGGGUCCUGCCCCACCUGGUUGAGCAGAUCAAGUCCGCCAUUAACAUGAAGUAGAGGAAUCAGAAACUUCGAAAUUGUCUCGUUUUUUGCCAUCCAAAGUCUAGUGUAACAUGAGAUCACUACUGCCAUGAGAGCAUUACAUAAUGGUGCCGUGACUUGAUCCAGAGAACAGCUUUUUUACUGAGAGAUUAUGCAUCUAAAUGGUGCCGUGAUACUA